UCCUUUUUUUUUAGAUUUUUGCAAAGGUUUCAUUUACGCCUAAUCCAUAUCGAGUAGACCCUGUCGUUGUGAGAAUUCUUAAUUCAUGAGUUGUAGGGAGGGACUUAUGUCACCACAAACAGAAACUAAAGCAAGUGUUGGAUUUAAAGCUGGUGUUAAGGAUUAUAAAUUGACUUACUACACCCCGGAGUACGAAACCAAGGAUACUGAUAUCUUGGCAGCAUUCCGAGUAACUCCUCAGCCCGGGGUUCCGCCUGAAGAAGCAGGGGCUGCAGUAGCUGCGGAAUCUUCUACUGGUACAUGGACAACUGUUUGGACUGAUGGACUUACCAGUCUUGAUCGUUACAAAGGACGAUGCUAUCACAUCGAGCCCGUUCCUGGAGCAGAUCAAUAUAUCUGUUAUGUAGCUUAUCCAUUAGACCUAUUUGAAGAGGGUUCUGUUACUAACAUGUUUACUUCCAUUGUGGGUAACGUAUUUGGUUUCAAAGCCCUACGCGCUCUACGUUUGGAGGAUCUACGAAUUCCCAUUGCUUAUGCAAAAACUUUCCAAGGUCCGCCUCACGGUAUCCAAGUUGAAAGGGAUAAGUUGAACAAGUAUGGUCGUCCUUUAUUGGGAUGUACUAUUAAACCAAAAUUGGGAUUAUCCGCAAAAAAUUACGGUAGAGCGUGUUAUGAGUGUCUACGCGGUGGACUUGAUUUUACCAAAGAUGAUGAAAACGUAAACUCACAACCAUUUAUGCGCUGGAGAGACCGUUUUGUCUUUUGUGCUGAAGCAAUUUAUAAAGCACAAGCCGAAACCGGUGAAAUCAAGGGGCAUUACUUGAAUGCGACUGCAGGUACAUGCGAAGAAAUGAUUAAGAGAGCUGUAUUUGCAAGGGAAUUAGGGGUUCCUAUUGUAAUGCAUGACUACAUAACUGGAGGAUUCACAAAUACUAGUUUGGCUCAUUAUUGCCGCGACAACGGCCUACUUCUUCACAUUCACCGAGCAAUGCAUGCAGUUAUUGAUAGACAGAAAAAUCAUGGUAUGCAUUUCCGUGUAUUAGCUAAAGCAUUGCGUAUGUUGGGGGGAGAUCAUAUCCACGCCGGUACAGUAGUAGGUAAGUUAGAAGGGGAACCGAAAUAACUUUAGGUUUUGUUGAUUUAUUGCGCGAUGAUUUCAUUGAAAAAGAUCGUUCUCGCGGUAUCUUUUUCACUCAGGACUGGCAUCCAUGCCAGGUGUUAUACCGGUGGCUUCAGGGGGUAUUCAUGUUUGGCAUAUGCCAGCUCUGACCGAAAUCUUUGGAGACGAUUCCGUAUUACAAUUUGGUGGAGGAACCUUAGGACAUCCUUGGGGAAAUGCACCUGGUGCAGCAGCUAAUCGUGUGGCUUUAGAAGCCUGUGUACAAGCUCGUAACGAAGGGCGCGAUCUUGCUCAUGAAGGUAAUGAAAUUAUCAAAGCAGCUUGCAAAUGGAGUCCUGAACUAGCCGCAGCUUGUGAAGUAUGGAAGG